AUGUUCAGAAAGCGCAAAUACAAUCCUUUGCUCCUGCUUCCGACAGCUUCUGCGCUGCAGGCCAUCGUGGACAUCCUGGACCAGUUCCCGAACGCGCUGAAGGAGAUAUCACGAUGGAUCGAGCCGGACAUCGACUCGGGAUUGGCAUCAAAGUAUUUUAAGGACUUUACCCUCGCGGCAAAUGCGCAAUUUAUCAGGCAGCAUGCCCACUGGCAUGGAGAAGUUGACUUAGCUCGCUUUUGGAUGGACCUCUUCGUCCAUUGCGCGCUAGUUCUGAUUCAGCUGGAGCUCAGCAUGAUGAUGCUUGGCAAGAUUGAGCAUCCCCGGACUGUCCCUCUCAGCACUCUUCUAUCGAUUGUCAACGAGGGACCUGUCGCCUUCAACGUGUUCCUUCAGCCAAUUUGGAUGGAGCAGGAGUCGCCAGCUCAGACAGCAACUACCGUCACUGAGAUGCUCCAUCAAAUGCUACUACAAUCUGAGAAUUCUCAUCAAUGGGGAGAAUAUCUCCGCUAUCCUAUGCUGAGAGUGAUUCAGUACUUGGCCUGGGCCCAAGAUCGUCUAGCAUUGGCAAGCAUUCACCGACGAGUAGUGAUGGGGAUCACUCAAUGGGCCGUUCGCAAGGCGACGAUUCUCCACCUCGUGAAGGAGGUGCUGGGGGUAUUCCAGACAGGGCGUGACCUGGUUCAUCGUGCAGUGGUUGCGGCUCGAGGACCUUUCGAGAAUGUGGGAGCGCCUUACGACAAAUUCGACAUGGAGAUGUGGGACGAGAAAAUUGUGCAGGAGAUCGUGGCAAGCCAUGCAAGUCCUACGGACGUGUUGUGCCUGCGCCCAGAUCAUUGUCAGACCUGCGCCUCUUGA